AUGUGUCGUUCGAAACUCGUGCGUUCGAGAUUUACGCCACAUUGCCGGCUGGUCCAAGGACGUUAUCUACCAGAUGAUACGGUCCAAUUCGGACGAGCCAGUCGUCUAAGCUCCUCAGGGGUACCGUUCGCCGGACUACAGCCUGUCCCCGGCGGCCGCAACUGGGCUGCGAUCCAGCCCCCGCUCCAAAAGGAUGACUCGACCUUGCGCCUCGCGUACUCUGCUCUCGAGCUGUCUCCGUGGGCAAUGCCGGCUCACGCUGUGGGGAACCCUGGACGCCCGGGCCGAGCCGACUGGCCCCGCCCACGCUGUGGCAGCUAUGUACCCUGUGCUGGCCCGGGCCCGCGCCGGCCGAUCGGUGGCCGGCCCCCGGGCCUUUUCUUUUUUCGUCGAUCGCAGCUAU